CUCAUGCGAGCUGCAGUCUGUAUCCUGUGGCUACCCGCAGGGGGGCCAAUGGAUAUAAUAGGGCAACUCGCCUCAUCAUAGAUUUCCGGCAAGAACGCAUCAGCUGAUGUCAGGCGCUCGAGAUGGCAUCAAUUCCACUCGUAUCGCAGUAUCUGAGGUACAAAACUGGCACGAACAGACUUGUCAACUGGCUCGCAAGUUCAGCGCAGCAGCUCAAUGAUCGCCAGGCGCUUUCUCCUGGAACCACUCCAGACUCCACAAUACCAAAGACAGUGACGGUCAGCACUUUGGUCGAAUACGCCAAACGCAUUGUGAACGCUAGAAAUCCAACAAUCGAGAUCAGCACUGCCAUUCUGGACAUUACGAAAGAUGCCAUUCUCGGCCGCACUGCCGCCAUGAAAUGGUACCAAGAACUUGUCGACAAUGGUGACUCAGCCAGUGUGAAAGAUGUAUCUGCUCUUCGAAAGGCAAACGGCACCCACAAACACUUCUUGCUGGCCCUUGAGCAGGUCUUCGAGAUUCUGAACCGCGAGCACAAGUCUCGCCGGCCGAAGCGCAAGAAGCAGAUGCCUAAACUGGCGUCCCUGGAGAACGACCUGACCAAUCUUUACCAGCAUCUGCACAUCGAGGAGCCAGCAGAUGAUCCGGAUGAUCAGUCGACUCCGAAAUGCAACGCCGAAUUUGUGCCUCCAGUAGCCACAUCUGAUGGCUUUGAACUUGACAACGAGCUUGAAGACAACCGUUUUGCGGUCUGGUGUCUGCUGAAGGACAUGUCCGAUAUCAGACUUCAUCUCAAAGAUGUCUGGCGGCAGUACAAGCAAGGAAGUCUCUCAUUCCUUGUCGCCGCUAGGAUCGCAGACUCUGCCAUGUACGUGUGCUGGGAGCUGGCGGCACAAUUCGAAAAAGUGUAUCCCGAAAUCGCAGACUUCGACAAGCUCAUAGCCAUCAUCGGCGUCAAGAAAUUCAAUUCGCUCGCCAUGCAUGCGCAGAUGCACCAUGCUGAAGAAGAUCAAGAUGAAACGCCUCCUCAACACCAUGGCGAUCUAUUGUGUUGCCACGCUUGGCGCGCUCUGGAAACCUUUCGAAACGUGCAGCUCUACGUCUGGUCUACCGAGACCGAGAAGAGAGACAUGUUCGGGGACAAAAAACCAUCCAUUCACCUCCCCGGCUUCCCAUUCAGCAGCGUGCUUAUGAACCUGGCGUUCGAUUUGAGGGAGGCAUUUCCAGCCAUCGGACCUCGCGGAUUUGAUCGGACCAAAUUCACUCAGGUAUUCUCCAACACCGAUUUCUUCUUGGCUAAGCUUUUGGAGUUCAGUGCGAACAAAAAGAUGGAAAUUGGACUGGUUGCUGCCACGCAGAUCUAUGCGGACAUGCAUGACGAGCUCCGUGGCAAUAUCUCAUUCGCGCUACAAGAGACAGAGCGUGCGCAUCACUUCACCAUGGACACUGUGCGGAAGUAUCUCGAUGAGCCAGACCGUGUCUCAUGGCUUGAGGCGUGUGGCAGCGCGCCGCUGUCCAUCAACCAAGAGCGGAACGGAUUGCGUGGCUGGGUAGUUCUAAUACCCAAGGGAUACCGAGACGACCUAGCUCCCUGCGAGACAUUCAUACCCGAAAGCAUACUCAGAGCCCUCCCUUUGCUGCCUGCCAUCAGAGUCCGCUGCCACCUAUACGCUGCACAACAUCAAGCGAUCGACCAGAUGUCGCAGCAUGGGAUGUUGCUCUCGGCUGCACAUCUCUACCACGCUGGACGCAUGACCCGUGCGAUCUCUGCACCAUGGGAGGACAUGGAUUUCUUGAUUGAACGCCAAGAGGCAAGAGGCGUUUCUCUCAGAUUGGGUGCUGCAACGCCAAGGUCCGUGGCAAGACACUACUUUCUCGCCAUGGGUCACUCGCUCGCAGAGGUCAUGAAGAGCAAAGCGCUCCCAAAUAUGCUUUCUCUGGCGCAAGCAGAAAGCAAGAGGGUCAAAUGUGUGUCAGCAUGUCUGUUCGACACAGUACAGGGUAAGACGGAGUACACAUCCGAAAUCCGUCUGCUGUACCAGGUGGUCCAGGCUUACGGCAAACGAAUCAAAGACAAAGAGAUCAACGCACAGUAUCUGGCCACGAAGCGACUGAACCCCGUUCAGCUGCUUCAAAUUGCACAGGAAGUCCUCGUUGAUGACGAACCGCACCUUUACUUUGACUACCUGAACUUCGGCGAACUCUGCAGGAAAUGGCUUGUCGACGCCUGCAAUCUGGUGGCCAAGGCUGUGGAAAUGAACUGUGUUUUCUCGAGAGGUGACAAAGAUCUCUACAUACCCACCAGCAUUAUUCUAUGGCGUGCCGUCGUCGCUGACGAUGAACACCGAUCCAAAUUCAGAACGGAACUCUGCCAGGUUGGAAAACUGGCUGACCGGCUCAUAGCAAGCCAUGGCAGCAAGUACAAGACACAACUUCUCGAGAUCAUGUCGUCACGCACGAGUCUGGACGGAGCAGCAGGUGAGACCACGAGCUCCGGUCCCAGAAGUGAGGUGACUCCUGAUGAGCAUUUUGGCAGCGUCGAAGACAUCAGGGGACCACUUCAGCACUGGCACGACCGUCAUUACCCAGCUGAGGCCCAGAUCUUGAAAGACGCACACGAAACAUUCACCUUGUUGACUGCCACACAAGGUGCGAUCCCGGAGGAGGCUGUUCGCACAAUCGAGAAUCAGCUCGAUACGCAGUACAGAAAGAAGACGAUCCUCAAACAGCCGACACCAGAGCUAGUUGACGGGCAGCUCGUGAUCACCACGAAACCGCUGGACGAGCAGGGGCUUGAGACUCGUGUGAGGAACUUGCUUCCUCCUGACUGCGGGGAAACGCUCGAGACUACACGGUGGAUGACAGGGUUUACCAUGAUUUGA